UAUUUUUUUUAAAUUUUUUUUUUUUUUAAAUUUGCUUCUUCUUCGGCGAUGGAUGGGAAAAUCCGGCAGAGCCGGAGGUCGAGGUCGCAGCGGGACCGCGUGCGGCGGCGGGAGGCGGCGGCCCGCGACCCGCGGAACCAGAGCCCGUCCUCGGGCUCCGACAAGGAGCCGAGCCCCGGCAAGGAGAACGGCGGCCAGAACUGCACCGCCCCGCGGGGCCCGCCGCCCGCCGCCCGCGCCGCCCGGCCCCCGCGCCGCCGCCGCCGCGAGUCCAGCUCCCAGGAAGAGGACCUGAUCGAUGGCUUCGCCAUCGCCAGCUUCAACACCCUGGAAGCGCUGGAGAAGGACAUGUCACUAAAGCCUCAGGAGCGGAAGGAGAAAUGGGAGAGGCAUCCAGGCAAGAAACCUAGAGAAUCUGAGAACUGUGUAUCUGCUGAGCCAAGUGAAAAUGGCCAUAACAACGAUGCGGGGAGCUCUGAGAGAGAGGCAGAAAGAGGCAAGGAGAGGAUGAAGAAGAAACUCCCCUUGAAGCUAUCCAAACAGAUGAAGGUCCCUACAAGCAGAAGUGGCAGAAAUAGCGAGGAAGACAGCAUCAGGGAGGCCACAAGCUCUCAGCGGAGCAGCUCAAGGGACCGUCUCAGUGAUAGUUCUGCUCAAUCGCUUUCAGGAAGAGGCUACUCCUGUGACAGCGAGAGCGAUAUUGACGAUAAGACCGCAACGGAACUGGAGCUGACUCGUAUCAGGAGUGCCUUGAUAACAAGCAAGGCUUCUGUAGGCUCUGAGAAGCUGUUCUCUCCUGCAGCAAAUAAAGGUCCCACCUUGAAUGACAAGCCAGAAGCGAAAGCAGCCAAUGUCCCAAAGGUGUCUGGGCUAGAGCGGAGCCGGGAGCUGAGCACCGACGUGCCCUUCGCCCUGCCCAUCCCCAGCCCCCAGCCAGUCGCUGCUGUUGUGACUUCGACUUCCUCAGCGCCCACAUCAAGUGCCAGAGCAAGCCCACUGCUGAAGAAGGAGCCAGUGAUUUCAGCACCAGCACCACCCAGGCUCACGCCUCAGCCGCAGCCUCGGCCGCAGUCGCAGCCUCAGCCUCGGCCGCAGUCGCAGCCUCAGUUAAUCCCCGACCUUCGGAGCCAGCCUCCGAGCCACAUCCCUCCACCUCUCAACUACCAAGUGCAUCACCAGGUGGCCCACAACGGACUCAAUAAUAUCAGCCGGAGCAGCAGUGCUAGCAGUGCAACGAGCAUCAGCCUCCCAAAACACCUGCCCCUGUCUCCCCAGAUUCCACCUCACCAUUCCUCCGGCCCAGCUCUGCCCCUCUCCAUCUCUAAUCUUGCUACCUCGCACUUCUCUCUCAGAUCGCAGACCCAACACCAGCACCAUCCGGCCAUGUUUGCCACCCCACCCACGCUGCCACCUCCACCAGCGUUACCCACCAACAGCCUCGUGAUUCCAGGGCACCCUGCGGAUCACGAACUGCUCAGGCAAGAGCUGAACAACCGGUUUUUGGUUCAGAGUUCGGACCGGGCCGCUGCCUCACUUGGCCCGGUGCCGCUGCUGAGAGCGGAGUUUCACCAGCACCAACACACGCAUCAGCACCAACACACCCACCAGCACACAUUCACUCCUUUUCCAUCCAGCUUGCCCCAGACGCCGCUCAUGCCGCCCUCUGCACCUCCCAUGGUGCGUACCCCAGCCCAAAAUUUUGACAAGUACGCUCCCAAAUUAGACAACCCUUACUUUCGACAUUCCAACUUCUUUCCAACCUAUCCUCCAGCAAUGCCUGGAAUGCCACCCAUGCUUCCACAUUCAGGUCCCUUUGGGUCACUUCAGGGAGCAUUUCAACCGAAGACUUCAAACCCUAUUGAUGUAGCAGGUAGACCAGGCACAGUCCACCAUACGCUGCUGCAGAAGACUCCAGGGGUGUCAGACCCUUAUAGGCCUCCAGUAAGAGUAAGUAAGAAACCCGGGAAGUGGUGUGCGGUUCAUGUACAGAUCGCCUGGCAGAUCUACCAUCACCAGCAAAAGAUAAAGCAAAUGCAGCUGGAUCCCCACAAACUUGAGAUAGGUGGUAAACUUGACCUGUUCAGCAGACCUCCCGCCCCUGGAGUGUUUCCAGGCUUCCAUUAUCCACAGGAUCUUGCCAGGCCUCUGUUUUCUACCACAGGUGCAACACAUCCAGCCACCACCCCUUUUGGUCCCUCACCUCACCACAGCAGCUUCCUGCCUACAAACCACUUGGCAGAUCCAUUUAGCAGGUCAAGCACCUUCAGCGGCCUUGGGAACUUAGGCAGCAAUGCCUUUGGAGGAUUAGGCAGUCAUGCUCUGACUCACAACAACAUUUUUACUCACAAAGAUGGCCCAAACCUGCAGAAUUUCAAUAACCCCCAUGAGCCAUGGAAUAGACUCCACCGGACCCCGCCGUCCUUCCCAACACCUCCACAGUGGCCCAAGCCCUCGGAUUCGGAGCGAAGCUCCUCGGUGACAAACCAUGACAGGGACAGAGAGCGGGAGCCCGAGAAGAGGGACCUUUCUCUGAGCAAGGACGACAGAGACAAAGAGAGAGACCUCAUGGAUAAAAACAGGCAUUCGAACAGAUCCUCGCCGGCAUCAGCCCCAGUGACACACCAGAUCAGCAAUCUCAUCCGCAGCAACAGCCAGAGCUCCAGUGAUCCCAUCAGGCAGGUCAGCCUCGGGGACAGGGAGAGGUCCAAGGAGCCCGAGCGAGAGCACCCUGACCGGCUGAGAGAGCCGCCCGUAGCGGAACACAAGAUCAAAGAGAGCCGUUCCCCAGUGAAGGAAACUCCAAGCCAUGAUAAGAGACCCUCUGAGGACAACACAAAGCCAGUAAUCCAGUCUGUAUCCCCAUACAGCAAACCUGCACUAAGUGAGAGCCUGAAGCUUACCAAUCUAAUGAGCAAGGACAUGGAGAGAAAGACAGAGCUUCCCAGCGACCUCCAGAAGAUUAAGAAUGACAUCAAAGUCAAGGAGGAGAGGAAGGAAGACAGUGAUGUGCUAGUGGUUGGGUCUGAGCCUUCCCAGCACUCCCGGUCAGUGGAGCAUCCCCCGCCGCCCACUCUCCAUGGAUUAUCGUUGCCUCACUCGAUGGCUGCCUCCAUGCCCAUCUCCAUGGGCAGCGUGCACCAGAUGAACAACAUGAAUGUCCUGGACCGCAGCAGGAUGAUGACCCCACUCAUAGGCAUGAACCCUUUGUCAGGAAGAGAGAGGCUGCCGCAUCCCGGAUUUUCCUGGGACCCGAUGAGGGACCCGUUGCGCGACGCCUACCGGAGCUUAGACCUGCACCGUCGAAUGGACUUCCAGCUCCGGACAGAUCCUAUCCAUAGGUUUCCUACCACCUCUGGCUUUUAUGACCACGAGCGUUCCUACAGAGACCGGGAACCACACGACUACAACCACGAGAACCUUCUGGAAGCCCGCCGAGAGCAGGAGCGGUUGCGGCAAGUGGAGGAGCGCGAGCGCUUGCACUUACGGGAAGAACUUGAGCGUGCCAGAAUGCACCACUUGCACUCGUCCCCCAUCGAAAGCCACCUGGCACACGUGCCAUCCUUCAUGCCUCAUUUGAGCGGGAUGCAUUACCCCAGACUGAGUCCAUCCACUGCCAUGCACAACGGGAUUUUGAACAGGAACCCGCCGACCGCAGCACUGAGCGCGCCGCCGCCUCUCGUACCAGCCAGCAGCACCAGACCUGCCUCCCCUCGCAGGACUACUCCACUCACAAACUCAGAGUCCAGGGACUACUCCCCCUCUAGGAACCCCAAAGAAGUAGAGGCACGAUAGUCCCCAACAUUGAAUUUGAAACUCACCUGUAUAUAAAACAAGCAAGCAAGCAAACAAACAAACAGCAACAACAACAACAAAAAAAACACAAACAGGAAAGAAAAAAAAAAACAACAAAAAAAGAAAACGACAAACCUUUUACAAAAUGCACUGCUGUAAACUUUUUUUUUAAUGUAAAAUUUGUAGAAGUUAAGCACAUUUCCAUAAAUAACGGGGUUGGGGACUUUCCAACAAGAAGAUUGCUGAGAAUGGGAAUUUAAUAUAUAGGUAUUGAUUUUUGGUUUUGUUUUUUGUUUCUGUGCUAAAAAAAAAAAAAAAAAAAAAAAAAAGGAGUUAAGAAUAUCAAGUUUGUACAUUUUUUCCCAAAUGUGAGAAACAUUUUUAAUGGAUUUGUAUUUUUUUUAAUUUUGUGCUCUUUAUUCACUUAAAAAAGAAGAAAUUUUGCUUUUGUUUUUAGUUAAAUUUGCAUUUUAAAGGCCUCAGAUCCUUAAGAAAAAAAUACCCAGGGUUUCUUAAAAGUAUUAUUUAUGGAAAUACUGUAGUUUUACAGUCCACUGUGAGGUUCCCUUCUGAGGCCAAUUGAUCACUUACCUUGGUACUUUGGAACCGAAGUUACAGAUAUAUAUUAAAAUAUUAAUAAUAAUAAUAAUGUACAAAACUGUUUGUUUUUUGCCUUAUUAUAUUAUGCAGAAAUUUAAGAGGAAUUUUUUUUGACUUCUUGUUUUAAACAAAAAAAAAAAAAAGAAAACAAACUGUAAAUAUUCUGUUAAUAUAAAUGUACACCAAUAUUAAAUUCUUAACAUAGGUAGACUUUAUAAAAAUGGUUUCUAGAACCACUCUGGUUAUUUGUUAACAUGGUUACAACUCAUACUCUUGUCACAGUCAGAAAUUCACACUCAGAAAGCUCAGUACGGCAUAUAUACUUCAACUAUGCAAGAACUCGGAGGCAGGUCUUAGUGGAUGUUGGGGGGAGGAAGGUUUUAAAAAAAAAAAAAUUAAAAAAACAACCCAAAAACAACUAACUCGCAACUCUGGAGACAGAAUGGCAAUGGCAUGUGAACAGGAAGAAGGAUGCUUGUGUUUAACAAAAAAAAAAAAAAAAAAAAAAAAAGGAGAGACUGAAUUUUUUUGUACAAACACAAGGGACAGUUCGUCAAGGAAAGAGAAACACACGCUCCUGGAAGGGAAUUUUGGUUUCCGACUUUUCAAGCUGGCAAAAGCAGAUGGAACUGGCACAGUACCAUGCGGCAGACCCUUUCCUUAUUUUUUUUUCCUUUUUUUUUUCCUCUUUUUUUGUGUUGUGGGCAGGAUCGCUGGCAAGCAAGGACAAUUUUCCGUGGACCCCUUGUGCUAAUUGUGCAGUGUUCUUAUUGGAAUCUGUAUACAAGACAAAGUAGAAUUUUAGGAGUGCAAAAAAAAAAAAAAGUCUAAUGGUUGAUUAAAAAAAAAAGAAAUUCUGAUAUAUUAUCUAUAGUACAUGAAGACCAUAAGCAAAUGUUUGUUUCAGUGUGGUUCUGCCUUGAACUGCUUUUUGGCAUGAUUUAUUUUUUAUUUCCAAUUUUACUUUUCAUCCAUAUGUAAAUUUUGCCAUGUUUUACUUGCUGUACCAUCCCCCCUUCCCUUAUUUUAUUUUUCAGUGUCCAUGUUUUAUAUAUCCUGGGCUUUUUCUCUCUAGUUAAUUCAGCCAUCCGCUACUAUUUUCUUGGCUCUGUAACUCUUGUUUCCCCCCCCUCCCCGUCCUCCCCCCUGCACCCCCUGUAAUUUUAAACAUUCAGUUUCCUUGUAGAUCAAUGAAGAUAAAUACA